AUGUCAGUCUUCAAUUAUGUAAUCGGCCGUGGUCUCCGCUACCUUUCUCCACCUAGGUCAGCGCCUGAGCUGCUGCUCGGUGAUACUGAGUAUGGACCAGCCAUAGACAUGUGGAGUGCAGGUUGCAUUCUCGCUGAGCUAUUCGCUGGAACACCAAUCUUGGCAAGAUGCACAGACGUGGAGCAGAUGCAUAAGAUCUUUAAGCUAUGUGUUUCACCCUCAGAAGAUUUUGGAGAAAAGAAACUUCGCCACUUGCAACAAAUUUUAAACCAAGUCAUCCUUAUCAGUCAUUUCCCUGCAUCAGCUAUGACACUCAUAAACAAGCUACUGGCAAUAGAGCCUGAGAAACGUGGCCCAGCUGCUUCUGCAUUGAGAAGCAAAUUCUUCACAACGGGGCCACUACCUACUAAUCCAUCAAACUUACCUAGAUAUCCACAAAGCAAGAACUUGACGCUAAGCUUCGCAACGAAGAAGCAAGAAAAUAAGGCAUGUUCAAGUAAGGGCAUGGUAAAAAGGGAAGUGACAAGGGGACGAGGAAAAGAUCUUAAAACUGCACAGACACCUGAGUUUAUAGCUGCACGGCAGUCCAAGGUCAUGUGUAUCAGCCAUAAGUUCAAAACAGACGAGGAAUGUGGCACAUGUUUUACGAUUGAACCACUUAGAAAAGGGAUCCAGCAGUACAAUGGUUCACCCAAGUGUUGCUGA